GGGUAAGCAGGUCACGUGGCGCUGUGCAUCGUGACGGGAAUCAGCUGACUGCGGUCGAGAGCAGCAGGUCCACUCAUUCGUCGAGUACUCGUCGUUGUUUCUGUGUUGGAGUCGUCCGUCAUGGCGAGUCAGUCUCAGGGCAUCCAGCAGCUUCUGCAGGCCGAGAAGAGAGCCGCAGAGAAGGUGGCGGAAGCCCGCAAACGUAAGAACCGUCGGCUGAAGCAAGCCAAAGAAGAAGCUCAAGCUGAGAUAGAACAGUAUCGACUGCAGCGGGACAAAGAGUUUAAGACCAAAGAGGCAGCGGCCCUCGGUUCCCAUGGCAACAGUGCAGUGGAGGUGGACAAGGACACGGCCGAGCGCAUGAGUCGUAUCCAGGCCAGUUACCGUGGAAACCGGGAGUCUGUUCUGGGUGAUCUGCUGCGCCGUGUGUGCGACAUUAAGCCUGAGUUCCACGCCAACUACCGCGUGGCUGGCUGAUGGCGAUGAUGAUGAUAUGCCAGCGGUGUUAUUCAAUAUUUAAAUGCUUCUUUCCUCGUCCAGUCUAAAUGUAGUUUUUCCUUUUAUGAUUGGCUGCUGAUCAUAAAAGCAUAUGUGACAGUUCCCCUUUGUGUAUGUGAUGUCUGUGAAUCAGUAAAUAUUCUAUUCUCUACUAUGUUGUUGGUGAAAAAAAUGAGUCAAAUGAGGAAGCAGUGGCAGUCACAAGGCUGGUCACAUGACCUAUGUCACCUGAUGUAAAUAAAGCGCUUGAGAUGCCGCA